UGUUGUCUGUAAGAUUACUUAACCAGUCAAAGUCGUAAAUAGACAGAAGACGGGACAGUUCUCCGUCGUAGUAAAUAAAUAAACGAAGUGGACAAUUUAUUUUCAAUGAGUGAUGAAAAUAAAUUGUAUUUGAUGUUUGCUAAAGAACCACAAUCAGUUUUUUUUUCAACGCAUAUAAAAAUUUGUCUCGACUUCUGCUGAUCAAAUUUCGUAAUCUCUAUAAGUAGGUCUGCCUUCUCAGGUAUUACUAUGUUUCCCAAUAACCGGCGAAUUUUGAGUUGCGUAAGAAUUGCACCUUAUGUCUGUUUCAGGAAUGCAUCUAAUGAAGGUGUUGUAAAGAAAAAGGUCCAAGAAGUUGGACACAAAGUUUCAAAAGAAAUCAAGAGUUAUGCCUUGACAAAGUAUGUGGAUUAUGUAAGAAACUAUGACAAGAUUCUGGAGGUGCGUUUUCCAAGAGCAAUGAAAGUCUACAGGGUGUUCUCUGUGGGUAUCAAAGACCUUUACCAAGACACCAAAACAUUUGUUAAAGUCAAGAGUCUUAUUCGGAAUGCCAAAAAAAAUGGUGGUGGAAUUCAUUCAGUGGGGCUGAAGGAGAUUGACAUUUUCUACCGCAUGCCUAGAGAAAUGCUGAAGGUUUCACCAGUUCUUCUCAUUAGUGCUUUACCAUUUGCCAAUUACAUAAUCUUUCCUCUGGCGUAUGUGCUUCCCAAGCAAUUGCUCUCUACUCAUUUUUGGUCGCUUCAGCAACGACGUGAUUUUGCCCUUCAGGAUCAUAAAAAAAGCGUCCAGCACUUUAGACCAACCUUUCGUUGCAUGCAGGCAAGAAUCCCCUCAGUUAACGAUACAGAUCUUACGAAGAAACUGAGUCAAAUGCUAUCCAAACUCGCCAGUGGUGUUCAUCCAACUGUUGAAGAGAUCUUGGAAGUGAAAAUUUUAUUUCAACGAGAACCAUUCCAUCUCAAUUGUUUGUAUCCUCGACACAAGAAUCAACUGUUGAAAGUGCAUGGUAUGCAUACAUUAUGGUCUCGUCGGCGUCGAUUGUCGCAAAGAGCAGAGGAAAUCCUUAAUAAAGAUAAAGUUCUUGAACGAGAAGGAGUGACGUCACUUUCAUUGGAAGAACUACGAUCUGCUUGCUAUUCUCGUGGACUGAAUCCUUCCAACAUGAGAACCGAAGAUAUGGUGAAAUAUUUAGAGCAGUGGAUUGCAGUGUCUGUUCAUGUUGAUCCGGCGACCUAUUCUCUCGUUCUUCAUUGCCCGAUUUUACUUGCCUAUAACCAACCCACUAACCGUGUGCUUAUUCAGUAACUAAUUACUAUCGGUGAAAACCUAGUCCUACAAUUUAAGCCUGUAAAUGCUGGAUUUUCAAUAAAGAAAUGUUAAGAAAAGCA